CGCCCCCCUUCGACGACGACACGGUUGACAAAUCAUUCCAUCAAAUUAGAGAAAGAUUUUUCACUCCGUUCUUUCGUCCGGCAUAAAUAGUGUGUAAUUUUUAGUGUUUUCACAAGUUUUUAGUUUGGUAAUGAUGCAAUUUAUGCUGCUGUUCAGCCGGCAGGGCAAGCUCCGCCUGCAGAAGUGGUACGUGGCCCACCCGGACAAGGUGAAGAAGAAGAUCACGCGCGAGCUCAUCACGACGAUCCUGUCCCGGAAGCCGAAGAUGUGCAGCUUUCUCGAGUGGAAGGACUGCAAGAUUGUGUACAAAAGAUAUGCCAGUUUAUACUUUUGCUGUGCGAUUGAACAAAACGAUAACGAGCUGCUCACGCUGGAAAUCAUCCACAGAUACGUAGAACUGCUGGACAAAUACUUUGGAAGUGUUUGCGAGCUGGACAUCAUCUUCAACUUUGAGAAGGCUUACUUCAUCCUGGACGAGCUGCUCGUCGGCGGCGAGAUCCAGGAAACGUCCAAAAAGAACGUUCUCAAAGCGAUCGCGGCCCAGGACGUCCUGCAAGAGGACGAGACGGUAGACGGCGCGCUGCGAGAGAUUGGACUGCUUUGAGAGGAGAGAGAAAGAGAUAGCUCUGAGAGGGAGAGAAGGCAGCGUUUCUGUUACCCACUUGUUCAAAUUUCUCAAAAUUUUAUUUUUAAGUGCAUUUAAAAAUAACAAGUGUCAUUUCAUUCUUUUGUGUUGGCAUGUUCAGAUAAAAUUUAUAGGAUUUUAAUUUUUCAUAUUUUGUAAUCAGAUUUUAUUGUGUACAUCUAAACAAUCAUUCAUAAUGCAAUGAAUAUCGAUAGCAAUACACCAUUUAUAACAUUUAAUCACAGACUUAUCAGACGCGAAACUAUUACCCGAAAACAUGAUUAAAAUAACCGUCUGAAAAGUCUGUGAUUGUAACACACACACACCACUAGGCAUUGCAGCGAUUGAUAGCAGUACAAAUCUAAACCGCGUGAAAUCAGGGAACAAAGUAUUUCGUUAUAAGAAGAGUUGUUAGGAUUUAUAACAGAAAGUUACAAUAAAUAAAUCGACUAACAAACCAUACUUAUAAGCACUUGUUUGAAAUAUUUGCACUGUUGGUUUUUUGUUCUGUAGAGUUGUUUCACCUUUUUUGUAGAUUAGUGUUUUUUUCGGUGGUUGGUUUAACAUUUUGGAAAAUAUUAGAUUUAGUGGAAUUUAUCGACAGUAGCAGAGUUUGUAAUCGAGACUGGUUAUUUCGUAGAGGUGAGUUUGUUUGAUUAUUACGAAAUAAGUAUAGGGGAAUUUGGUUUUUGGUGAGCUAUUCCAUCUUUAUACUAGAACAAAACAAAAACGCAUUUCUUUCUGGAACCUGUUUCAUUUUGUAAGUAGUUUUUUUUAACUUUUUUUUACAAUAUAUUGAUUAAAUUUACACCCAAAUCGAGCACCUCUGACAACGAAUGCGAUUCUCGAAUUAUAAUAUUUGACAGCUGUUUGACACUCACACUGUUGGCCAUUACACUAGUCCUACCCAAGUUAGGGUGGUUCCAUAAAAACAAUAAUUUCCGAAGAGUGGAAAUAACUUGUUUUAAAUCAGUACUCUUUGCCGUUUUAACCGAACUAGGCUCUCUUGGACGGAAGUAAAAGUCUAUUUGUUGGAAAAUAGAUUAAAGAUCGAAGAAUACUGCCUAAUAUUUCAAAAGGUCAUAUGAAAUUUUAGAAUGCCGUUUUGAGAGUGUCUGGACCAAAGAACCCACGUCUGAAAAUAUUUUUUUGUGAAAUCACAACAAACUUUAAUAAAUAAUGGCCAUAACAUAAACAUUAAAGCGAAAAACUGUUCAUUUGUGGGUACCAAAAUGUUCUUAAUGAAAGGACGAAAAACGUCUGACGUCUGAAAUUAUAUAGGUUCUCUUUUUGAUAUUUAACUCAUGCAUUUAAAAGUUGCAUGCGACCUUUUGAAAUGUUAGGCCAGAUUACACUGACUGGCAAAAAAUCGGCGCAGGCUUAACUCAAGCGAAAGCAAGAACUUUGGGAAACACAUUCAUUUUGAAUUUUUCAAAAAUAUUAGACAGAGCCGAAUGGUUUUUCUCCAACGUUUGUAUGGAUGAUUAGGGCGGUGCAGACAUUUUUUUGGUCGGUGCUAUUGGUCCUGAAACUAUCUUAAAAAUCUUUAAAAUGCUAACAUAUAACCUUUCAUUUGCAUCCAGAGAGCUAAAAUCGGCUAAAACAACAAAGAGUACUGAAUUUCUGAGAAAAAUAAAUUACUUGGACCACCCUAAUGGCCAAAUAAAAACAUGUGUCCAAUUGUUUGGGGCAAGGAUUAACUAACCUUGCGUAAUCUUUGGCCAUAUUUAAAUUUUGUGUUUUAACUUUCAUCUGCAAUUGGUGAAAUGACACUUUUUGGUGUAUUUUCACCUCUUUUUAGGAGAACUCGAGGGGAAGCAUGAACUUUGGGGUCCCCAGAAUCACGUGCACUUUGAAUUUUUCAAAAAUAGUUAGACAGGGCCGAAUGGUGGUGAGAUUUCCAAAAAAGUUUCCACGUGGUUUGUGGAUGGUUCCCUAGUUUGAUUGCAUAUUUAUUUUUGUUUUUAAUUUAAGGUGGAAUAGAUUUUCUUAGUUAGAUAUAAUAUACAUUCAGAUAGUUUUAUCCAUAAAUGACACAUAAUGUCAUAUCCGAAGAUUUUUUAAAAUUUCAAUCUUAAUUAUUUCAGUUCAGUUGUUCCAUGGUUUAAAAGCGAUUUUUUAAAUAUUUUUAAAUCUAUAAUUUAUUUUUUUUUGUCUCUAGGCCGUGUUCCCAAAUUGCCAGUUUUGCUUUAAAUAUUGUACUGUAUACUAUCUGUACACUGAAAUUUAAUAAAUUCUCAAUGUUAUUUUUCUAAAUUAAAACAUCCAUUAAAAAGCAAUAAUAUGACGAUAUUUCACGAAAGGGUUGCCAGAUUUUCAUAGUUCAUGGCCCAACUUUAGUUCAUUCAACCAUCCUAGGGCUCGUGCAUAAACCACGUGGCCCUUUAAAUUUUCUUCCAAAACUUUUGCUAUAUAAAUGCUAAGGCCUGGAAAUUUUCUGACAUUAAAUUUGUAGUGUAAAAAACAUACUUUACAAAGAAACUUUGGAUGACCCCUAGGGCAGCGUCCAUAAAAAAGGAACUUUAACCCUUUUCUUCCCCAAACUUUAAAAAAGCGCAAUCGCAAAAUCCCUUUUUUGACCAAACCCGGUUCCGAGCCGGAAAACAUGAUUUGGUCACUGUGGCCGUCGGGAAAUCUGCUAAAAUCUGCUUUUUUGAGACCUCAACUUUGACGAUUUUUUGUCCAUGCAUUCUCAAUGUUAAAAGAAGUUAUUUUGCAUCAAUAGUUUUUCCAUAAAAGACUCCAUGUUGCGAUUGUUCACGCUCCAUACAAAAACUAUUUGACGGGGCACUAUGACUCAGAAGAUAUCUUUUUAAGUUUCCUUAAGGCCGUUGCAAAUAUUUUUUGAAGUUUAUGUCCCUCGACUCUGGCCAAAGUCGAGGGGGGGGGGGCGACAUAAACUUUGAAAAAUAUUUGCAACGGCCUAAACAUAUAAAAAAAACAUUGAAAAUUAAAAAAUAUGUAUUACGAUGAUUUCAUUUUAAGUGAUAACAAGUUGAACACAUUUUUUUCGUCUACCUUUUUUUUCUCAAAAAGUUCUAAUCAUAACCUACAACUCUACCGAAGACACCUAAUCGAUCAGAAAAUCUAUCCCAUUUUUAUGACCAGGCCCCAAAAUUGUAUGGUGGCUUGUAUGGAAAAACUAAUGAUGCCAAAUUACUUCUUUUUCCAUAGGAUUGCAUAGACAAGGUUUCAUCUUAAUAAAAAAAUGACAGUUUGAAAUUCGUGAAAAAAAAUCUUCUUUUCGAUGUAAUUCAACUAACUUUAUAUGGAAUAUGUGAAAUACAGAAACUAUAUGUAAAUUUACACAUUUUAAUAGGUGAUAUUACACUAUAUUUCUGACAAUAAAUUGUUGGCAUUCCUAGAUUAUUAUUAUUACUGUUCAAUGUAAUAUCUCAUUUAAAAAAUGCGUCAUUUGUGGAUAUUGCCUAGUUGAACAGUAUUUACUAACUAGUAAAAUUGUUAGAUUACCCUGAAAGCAAUAGAGCCUGUUAGUGUUUGUGACGGUGAAGCCCAAAUCUACUCUCAACAACGCGGAAGCUGCCUGAAUAAUCUGACCCUUUCCAACUUUUUGCACCUUUCGGUACGAAAAAAAAAUGCCUUCGCACAAAAAUCCUGAAUCUUCCUCUAUUAGCUGGUCGUUCGAGCCUGAGCCAAUAAUUGAGACAAAUCUUCGUCGCCGGUGAAAUCGCGUUCAUUUUCGCUCUAGUUUCCCUCUAGUUUUGUGCAAUUGUUUUUUUCCGCCAUUAUCCUAACCUUUUAAAAACUGAUAUUUGCUGCGUUGCCCUAGAAGUUUCCCACCCUCUGUAUUGAUUAAUCGCAACCACAAACAAGGUAUGUAGAGAACGAUUAUUGAAUGUUUGUAUUGUUUUGUUUAAUUGUUGUUGUUUUUUUUUCUUUUGUGUUUGUUGUUACUGUUUGCUCUUCUCAAUUUCAUCACUAGACAAAAUUCUUAACGCUACUAACCAAAAGAAUGUUAACGAUUUCGAUUUUUUUUAUUGCUAACAGUUUGGUAAUUUGUUUUAACGUCCUUGUUUUUGGUUACCAAAUUUCACUAAUCUUUCUCUGAUUUGCGUCGCGCCCGUGUGUGAAGUGAAAUGUUUGCACAACUAUUUUCCCAACCUUAAUUUAUAUAAUAACGAAUGCAAUAACCGAAAUGCCUUGCCUCUAAUGCUCUCACGGCUGCAGCGACUAAUGAAUGUUCCUUCUUUGAUUUUUGUCAACUUAUAAUUUAACACAUUUUAAACAGAAUGAUACCAAAAUUGUCCAAACAUUUCCCAAAACACUUUUCUCAAUCUAAAAAAAAAAAACUCUGUAGCAUAAACAAUAGCAUUCGUUUUUGUUGAAUUCAA